AUGCUUGAUUCGGAGUGCGAGUCUUGUUUCCGGUCACGGAGCACCGCCUUCCACCCGCCGAUCUGGUUGGAGCAAACGUAUUUAGCUAAACCUAGACAAGGAAUGCUGCUAACACUGUUGGCAAUUUUCUCAAAAGUGGAUGCGGGAGGACAAAUAUUUUCUGAUGAAGAAUGGAUGACACAUGCGUAUACCCAGGAAUCUGUCGAUGAAGGCACCUACGAAGCAAAUGCGGAUGCAGAAGAUUAUGCAAACGUGAUGCAUAUGGCUGCAUCACCACCGCAAAUUCGAGUCAACAUACCACAAACGAAAAUACGGCUUGAACCAGAACUCAUGAAUAUAUUUCCUGAAACUAUCAUACAUGAGAUUGCCCAUGAGGCAAAUCUUCAUGCUGGUACUGCUAAUGUGAUAAGAUUUCCGACACCACUUUCACAUCGACACGAUAUAUCAAGUGAAGUCAUACGUCUGAGUGACGUAAUAAACUACAUCGGAACUCAUCGACAAACUAUUGGUGUGCCAGACGCAAAUUACGACUAUCAAUUCUCGAAACAAUUUAUGAAUGUAGAGCUUCGAGACAGGCCUACAAUCGCACAUAGGGAUAAUGUUUAUGCUGAAGAGCCAAGGCCGAACAUAUACGUGUUGUCUCAGCCUUUCAAUGUCAACUACAUAAGGGACUCAGCAGACGCUGAGGUGAAGCUUAAAGAUAAAUCGAAGGUUAAGAUCAGCGGCCAUGAGCAUGUAUCUGAGGACGUAAAAAACCGUAUAACAACAUCACAUAAAUCAGCGCAUAAUAAGAAACACACCAGGAGACCAGUGAAAAAGCCCCUCAAAGGAAAGGACCCGCUGAAUAUCCGGAUCGACGAGCAUACGAAUAUAGAGUUGGAACCCAAAUCACAUAUACAUUUGGUAUCUCACUCCACUGAUGUAGAUAAGCCAGUGGUACCGGUGAAUGUCAAUGUAAAUGUCAAUAUUCCACCGAGAAGGAAGCCACACAUGCAUCCGCAUAGGAAGCCCAUAACAUCUAUGUUUAGAGAGAGACAUACUGCAACACACAGACGUACAACUACAAGACGCACCACCAGACGCAGGGUUACAACUAAAUCAACUACCCGCAAGCCUGCAACUGCCGGCACUGUCAAAUUAAGAUAUGAUGUUUGGUUGAAAUUUGGAGGAUGCGAAUAUAUGGUUAAAAGAGAUGCAAAGGAUUUUGACAAUGCUGAGGCGUCUUGUCGAAAACAUGGGUCUCAUUUGGUUUCCAUACACAGCGAAGCAGAAAACAACUUCAUUCACAAAAUCACAUCUACUGGCAGUAGUGUCACAUCUUUUACACAAUUUGUUUACAUCGGCCUUCGUAAGAACUCGAAAAAUGAGUGGAAAUGGAUAGACGGAAGCCCAAUGGAUUAUAAAAAGUGGGCUGCACAUCAACCAGACUUGUCCAACGAAGAAACAUGUGGGCAAUUCCACCAAGAACCAGCAAGGCUGUAUGAUGUUCAAGACUACCACUGGAACAGCAUUAGGUGUAUUAGGCCCAUGAAAUAUUACGUUUGCAAGAAGUGCAAGCACUCACGCAGACACGCUCCAUCACAUCACACGUCAAGACACAAGUGUGACUGCUGCUGCUCACACUGUCCUUGCAAAGACACAUGCAGAAACGAAUGUAAAGAAUCACAAAAACAUACACCCAAACCACGUCCUACACAGCCAAGUAAACCACCAGGCGAACAAGCCGUGUUUCCCAAAGGAGCAAAUACAAUGUGCCCUGGUCACAACUAUAUGGAUGACACCAUGAGAAUGCAUAUGCAGGACACACACAAUUUCCGGAGAUCGGAGCUUGCAUUAGGGAGGAUCAAGGAUCAUAAAGGGAAGAAGAGGCCGACGGCGGCUAACAUGAAUCUUUUAAUCUGGGACUGCAUCUUGGAGCAAAAGGCCUACGAUCACGUCAGAAACUGCCCUAGAGGACCAAGUGGUUCCCCAGGAGAGAAUUUUUACCGCAGGACAAUCACAGCUGCUGAGCCGACGUAUAGAGAUAUGAACAAAAAGACAGUGACGGAAUGGUGGAAAGUCGGUCGCCAUCAAGGUGGUGGCCAAAACAGCUUUACUAUGAUGGGUUGGGCUACGAGCCGUCGAAUGGGUUGCGUCAUUGCAAGAUGCGGAAAAGACUGGGUGCAGUCGUGUCGCUAUGACCCACCGGGGAACCGAGGUAACCAACAAUACAUUCCUGGAGCCAUAUGCUCUAAGUGUGGCGGCCUCCAGUGCAACUCUAAACUAGGCCUUUGCCAUAACUCGCCGACUUCGCACAAGUAAACUAUGCUGUUUAUUAGCUGCCUUGUCCCUUCACUUUGCUAGUAUGAACCGAGAUAAAAAUGUCUUCUU